CCGAUUGCUCUUCUCUUCCCAAGGAGGCAGUGAAAGUCCAGGGUCGGAAGUGGGGGGGGGGGGAAGCAGGAAGGAGUCUCAGAGGAGGGAGGCAGCGUUUAGUUUGCUGAGCGCGGACAGAGCACGCGGGAAGCGGAGGACAAGAGGAAAUCCAAAUUAUGGCUACAAAACCCAAGCUUUACUACUUUAAUGGAAGAGGCCGAAUGGAAACGAUAAGAUGGCUGUUGGCAACAGCUGGGGUUGAGUUUGAAGAAGCUGAAUAUUUGGAAACGAGAGAUCAAUAUGAAAAGUUACUUAAGGAUGGAGCCCUGCUGUUUGAACAAGUGCCCAUGGUAGAAAUCGAUGAGAUGAAGUUGGUGCAGACCAGAGCCAUUCUCAACUACAUAGCAGGGAAACACAAUCUCUAUGGGAAGGACAUGAAGGAGAGAGCACUGAUUGAUAUGUAUGUUGAAGGAACAAUGGACCUGAAUGAAAUGAUCAUGUGUUACCCUUUCUCAUCUCCUGAGGAAAAGGAGAAGAAUUUUGCCUUAAUGAUUCAGAGAGCAACCAACAGAUACUUCCCAGUGUAUGAGAAGGUUUUAAAAGAUCAUGGACAAGAUUUUCUUGUUGGCAACCAGCUCAGCAGGGCAGACGUACAAGUUCUUGAAUCCAUUUUAAUGAUUGAAGAGUAUGAGCCCACUGCUCUCUCAGGAUUUCCUCUAUUACAGGCUUUUAAAGCAAGAAUAAGUAACCUCCCUACAAUUAAGAAAUUUCUGCAGCCUGGAAGCCAAAGGAGGACCGAACCCGAUGACAGAAUUGUAGAGACUGUGAAUAAAGUUUUGCAAUUAUAAAAAGAGUUAAAAUCAUAGCAAUAAAAAUUUUCACUCAGCAUUAGCAGACGCAGAUGUAAUGCUCAGAGAAAUCAAGUAUUUUGGUUAUGAUAUGAGUACCCAAAAAUAGGAAUUAGGAAGCAGUUCAGGAAAUAUUGCAUGUGCACUGAAGUAUGGCAUUCAAUCAAAAGGGGGUAGUCUGUGAAGAGAAUGUAUUCAGGUGAAAUAAAUGUCUCCCUGUGAAGUAAA